AUGGCCGCCGUCUCUGUGCUCUGGAGUUCAGAUUUCAGUCGUAAGCUCCAGCUCCAGCUUAAGAACCAGAGCACGUGUCCUUGUGAGAGGUGUUUUUCCAAAAACGACGUGCUGCUCAGAAAACACAUGAGACGAUCUAUUGAACCGUUUUUGACCGCCAACACCAAGCUAUCUGAAGAAGAUUUUAAGUGGUGGAAGCACUUCCAAAAUGAGCGUCGCAAUUACAGUUAUUAUAAUGCAACGGUGCACAAGCUGUUCCAGAUAUUUCCUCCUGUUCCUGAUCUUAAAGGACCCAGUUCUAACAAGUGCAGGACUUGUGCCGUGGUGGGAAAUUCUGUUAACUUGAAAGGAUCCCAUUAUGGACCUCUAAUUGAUUUCCAGGACAUUGUUAUAAGAAUGAACUUUGCUAAAAUCAAAGGCUACGAAAACGAUGUGGGGACCAGAACGACUCAUCGUGUCAUGUAUCCUGAGAGCGCUGUGGAUUUGGAUAACUCCACUCAUCUCGUCCUGUUUCCAUUCAAGAUAUUGGAUAUUGAGUGGGCCAUAAAGGCCACCACGUCUACGUUUUACAAUGGAUCACACAAAUUCAUGAAACCGAACAUUAAAGUUAACAGAGAUUUGGUGAUGGUGGUCAACCCAGCUUUCAUGAAGUAUUCUCAUGUGGUCUGGCUGGGAAAAAAAGGACGGUAUCCAUCCACUGGCUUCAUGACUUUUAUUCUUGCACUUCACAUUUGCGAUGAGAUCCACGUGUUUGGUUACGGAGCGGACCACAAAGGAAACUGGAGCCACUACUUUGAAGUGCUGAAAAACAAAAAAUUAAGAACGGGACAGCACCCUGGACAACACGAAUAUAACAUCCUAAAGCAGAUGGCUGAAGAAAAAACCAUACAGUUCUAUACAGGGAGAUAA